ACCAUCCCCCUUCCCUUCCCCUGCUGUUCAGUACUUUGUUCCCUCUGUUUUCCCCCAUAUAACAGCAAGACAAAAUCCCUUACCAAAACACCACACAGAAUUUGCAGUCUCCGCACCAAUAUCUGGAGAUGCCUGCAAGCUUGGAGCCACUGGAUUUGGGUGUCCAAAUUCCUUACCAUUUCCGUUGUCCGAUCUCUCUCGAGCUCAUGCGUGACCCUGUCACUGUCUGCACCGGCCAGACUUACGACCGCGCUAGCAUCGAGUCCUGGGUGGCCACCGGGAACUCCACCUGUCCUGUUACUCGCGCUACGCUAACUGAUUUCACGCUCAUCCCUAAUCACACCCUCCGCCGUUUAAUCCAGGACUGGUGCGUCGCGAACCGGGCGUUUGGAAUCGAGCGAAUUCCGACUCCGAAGCAGCCUGCUGAACCGGCCUUGGUUCGCUCCUUGCUUAAUCAAGCUUCGUCCAAGUCGAAUCCUUACCAGUCUCGUCUCUCUGCGCUACGUCGGCUCAGGGGACUCGCUCGUGACUCGGAUAAAAACCGUUCUCUGAUUUCCUCUCAUAACGCGCGGGAAAUCUUGAUUAAUGUUAUCUUCUCGGAUUCGGAAUCGGAUGCGUCCGAGUUGAGUCUCGAGUCGCUCGCUCUGCUGGUUAUGUUUCAACUCACCGAAUCAGAAUGCGCUUCGAUUGCUUCACAGCCGGAACGAGUCGGUUAUUUAUCAAAUCUAUUGUUUCAUUCCUCCAUCGAAGUCCGAGUCAACUCAGCGGCACUGAUCGAAAUUGUUGUCGCCGGAACGAAAUCCUCAGAUCUUCGAGCGGAGAUCAGCAAUGUAGACGAAAUCUUCGAAGGAGUCACGGAUAUAUUAAGAAAUCUAAAUUCAUAUCCACCGGCGCUUAAAAUUAGCAUUCGAGCUUUGUUCGCCUUGUGCCUGAUGAAGCCGACCAGACAAAAGGCAGUUUCCGCUGGUGCGGCGGAGACGCUUGUGGACCGCUUAGCAGAUUUGGAUAAAUGCGACGCAGAGCGAGCUCUGGCGACGAUAGAGUUGCUCUGCAGAAUCCCGACAGGGUGCGCGGCUCUAGCGGCACACGCGCUGACGGUGCCUCUGCUGGUGAAGAAAAUUCUGAAGAUCUCAGAUCGCGCGACAGAAUACGCAGCAGGAGCGCUUCUAUCACUUUGCUCGGCGUCAGAACAGAGCCAGAGGGAGGCAGUCGGCGCAGGUGUACUAACGCAGCUACUGCUGCUGGUGCAGAGCGAUUGCACAGAGAGAGCGAAAAGGAAGGCGCAGAUGUUGUUGAAGCAGCUUCGGGACUCGUGGCCGGAAGAUUCCAUCGGAAAUUCGGAUGAUUUUGUUUGCAGUGAGGUCGUACCCUUCUGAUUGGAAAAAAAUAAAAUAAAAUCUGAAUUUUUCUUCUCAUUAUUAGCGUUUUUUUUUCUUUUUUUCUUUUUUAAGGAAAAUUCAGUUUUUAGUUAGUAUUUUAGAUGGGUAUAUAGAGGAUUGUAAUUGUGUAUGUAAUUUUUGUAUCUAAGAUUUUUGUUGAAAGUUGGAACAAAUGAAAAUGAAAUGAUAGAAAUCUG